UUGCCCUGCGUGGUUUUGCAGGAAUUUUUCCCGCUUCAGGAACAGAGGGGUACAGCGUUGGCCUUUGUAGGACGAGCAAGCCGCGUCACCUUGUCCCCAGCCUGCGGCCAUCCACCUGUCCAGCCACGGUUUCCAGGGAAUUUCCCCUCCCUUGCAUUGCUUGUGCCUGACAGUGCAGCCACCAGAGAAGUCUCCGGCCUGGUUGCUGCAUGACAAUGUCUUCCAUUAAAAUUGAGUGUGUCUUGCCUGAGAACUGCCGGUGUGGUGAGUCUCCAGUUUGGGAGGAAGCAUCCAACUCACUGCUCUUUGUAGACAUUCCUGCAAAACGGGUUUGCCGAUGGAAUUCACUCAGCAAGCAAGUACAGCGAGUGAUUGUGGAUGCCCCAGUCAGCUCAGUGGCCCUUCGCCAGUCUGGAGGCUAUGUUGCCACCAUUGGAACAAAGUUCUGUGCUUUGAACUGGGAAGAUCAGUCAGUAGUAGUCCUGGCAGAGGUAGAUCAAGAUAAGAAAAACAAUCGAUUCAAUGAUGGAAAAGUGGAUCCUGCUGGGAGAUACUUUGCUGGCACCAUGGCUGAGGGAACUGACCCAGCAGUUCUCGAGCGGCACCAGGGGGCGCUCUACUCCCUCUUUCCUGACCACCAUGUGAAGAAGUACUUUGACCAGGUAGACAUCUCUAAUGGUUUGGAUUGGUCCCUGGACCACAAAAUCUUCUAUUACAUCGACAGCCUGUCUUACUCCGUGGAUGCCUUUGACUAUGACCUGCAGACAGGACAAAUCUCCAAGCGCAGAAGUGUUUACAAACUGGAGAAAGAUGAGCACAUCCCAGACGGGAUGUGUAUUGAUGCGGAGGGGAAACUGUGGGUGGCCUGUUACAAUGGAGGAAGAGUGAUCCGUAUAGAUCCUGUGACAGGGAAAAGACUUCAAACUGUGAAGUUGCCUGUUGAGAAAACAACUUCAUGCUGCUUUGGAGGGAAAGACUACUCUGAAAUGUAUGUGACCUGUGGCCGAGAUGGAAUAGACCCUCAGGGUCUUCUGAAGCAACCUGAAGCUGGAGGAGUUUUCAAGAUAACUGGCCUCGGGGUCAAAGGACUCGCCCCCUACCCCUAUGCAGGCUGAGAGACAGGUCUUUCCUGCUGCAGGAAGGUUUGAAGACAACUGGAGAACUCUGGAGCUGAAAUGUCAAUCUAGUUAGAAAAAUGAAGCAAUGAUAUUAUUAACUGGGUUAAUUUUAAUAUGUAAUUUUAGGGGUGCUGGAGAUUGAACCUGGGGCCUACCACAUGGUAAGCAUUUGCUGUACUGUGAGCUAUGACGUCAGCCUCAUUAAUUUAUAUUUGUUCAAAGACAGAGCAUUUUUAACAGGAUAACAGGUGGUUUUGAUAAUACACUAUACAGCCUUCCAUGAAAAGGUCUGUAGAGUUAGCUAUGUGGCACACAUCUAUAAUCUCAGCAUUUGGGAGGCUGAGGCAGAAAGAUCACCAUGAGUUUGAGACCAGCCUGAGCUACAUAGUGAAUUCAAGGUCAGCCUGAACUGCAUAGAAAGACCCUAUCUCAAAAAGCCAAACCAAAACCAAGACAUCUAUAGAAAGGCAAAGGGUUGUUCAACUGUCUCUCAGCCUCUUGAUUCUUUGCAGAUUGCUCAGAGGAAUUGGAAUAGGACCAUAUCUGUUCUUUAUUCUAUAUUCCAUACUUAAUGUAUACCUAAAGCUUAAUAAAAACUUAGUAGGUACUUAGUAAUAUAUAAUUACAAUUAUGUUCCCUUUUAUUUUCACUUUAAUGUCAUAAAAUAUACUGUGAUGAUAUCUUA